GAUGACGUAUGACAAAUGACAAUUUGUUGCAGGCGGUGGUGGACGCACGACGACUCCUGCAUCUACAUGCUCUUUGACUACGUCUGCGGGGGCGAGCUCUUCUCCUACCUAAGAACCGCCGGCAGAUUCAGCAACAGUAUUGGUAACUUCUACGCAUCGGAAAUCGUAUCAGCUCUAGAGUAUCUGCAUGCGCGCAACAUCGUGUACCGGGACUUGAAACCGGAGAACCUUCUCCUGGCCAAGGAUGGACAUCUGAAGAUCACGGACUUCGGGUUCGCGAAGAAGCUGACGGAUAGAACUUGGACCCUGUGCGGCACCCCGGAGUAUCUCGCGCCUGAGAUCAUACAGAGCAAAGGGCAUAACAAGGCUGUUGAUUGGUGGGCAUUGGGAGUACUUAUAUACGAAAUGCUGGUUGGUUACCCUCCGUUCUACGACGACAACCCGUUCGGUAUCUACGAGAAGAUAUUGAACGGUCGAGUGGAGUGGCCGAGACACCUGGACCCUGUGGCCAAGGACAUCAUCAAGAAACUCCUCGUCCAAGACCGAACCAAGAGGCUGGGCAACAUGAAGUGCGGUACUGAAGACGUCAAAAGGCACAGAUGGUUCAAGCACAUAGACUGGGCUGACGUCUUCAUGAAGAAACUUCAGCCACCGAUAAUGCCGGCGGUGUCGUACGAGGGAGACACGUCCAACUUCGAUGAGUACCCAGAAACAGACUGGAAGUCAGUUCGCUCACUCGACUCCGACGAACUCAAACUGUUCGCCAACUUUUGAUGCCACCACUCAACUACCAAUGGUUAAAAUAAGUUCAUAGAUAAAUACCCAAAGGAAAGGCUUAGUACAGGUCGCCUAAUUAUGAAAUUACUUACAGAAAGUAUUUUUUCAUAUUAUAUUUAACACUUAAUUAAGUCUAUUUGUUAGAGGCCAAGCAGGGCGUUUGCAGUCGUUAGGAAACCGUCCGUAUUAGAGUAGAGUGAAUUGUAUUUAAUGAAUAACCUAUUUGAUUGUCUAAUUGUGUUUAGGCUGGCUGGAGUCAUUCGUACCUAGAUUCCUAAGUAGAUAAGGGAUUUAACUAACA